CUUUUUUACAGAUAUAAAAAAAAAAAAAAAACCAUGGCAGAUCCUCUAACUCUUUUAAGGCAGUUUACAAUUAACAAAAAAACUGUUUUAGAGCGAGAGGAUCAAAUUAUAUUUGAUACCAUAUCAUUUCUAAAGACUGCAAAGACAAACUAUGUUAUUGGCAGAACUACACCAAAGGAAUAUUAUACAUUAGAAGCUUUACUGUUUCUGUUAAAGAAUGUUCAUUUGUCACAUCCAAUAUAUGUUCAGAGAGCAGGAGCGGCAAAUGUUCCUGUUGUUCGAUUCCCUGAUAGAAGGGAUCUUCUUGGUUAUUUAAAUGGAGAAAAAGAUACAACCUCAAAUAUUGAUCGAAGUGGACCACUUGAACUUCCUCUUUCAAGAAAUGCUUCUAUAGGAGUUAAAAGAGCCAAUGAAGAUAUUACUAAUGAAGGUAGCAAAAAAAUCAAGUCUGAGGAUAAUUUACAGAAGCAAGAUAUACAGGAAUGGUUAUCUAUGAAAUUAAUGGAAAAAAAAGAAGGUGCUAUCACUACAGAUAGAAUUUUGUUAGAAGUUAAAAGUGGUUUAAAUGAGGUAAUGUCAAUUGAUAGAAUUGCUGAAAUCAAACGCAAAAUUAUGACAAGAAAAAGAACUACAAUCAAAGGUGAUGAAGAUUAUAAUCCAGAAGUACCACUUGUUCCUCAAGAAGAUAAACCUUCCACAGUAUCAAACUUUAUAAUUGACGCCGACAAUGAUAUGACUAAAGAUAUAUUAGCAAGGGAAAGACAGUUAAGAACAAGAACUACUGUGUUACAGAGUAAUGGAAAGCAAUUCCUAAAAAACAUUCUUGCCAUUCUAUCAUCAGUAAAAGCACAAGAAGAAGGAAAACUGGUUCCACCACAAACUGUAACACCUGUUGUUAAAGAGGUAGUGAAGAAGCAAGCUUCAAUAAAUAGAUAUGAUCGUUACGAUCAGGAAAGAUUUGACAGUCAAAAAGACACCGAAGGAUUUAAAAUUGACACAAUGGCAACAUUUCAUGGCUUGAGCUUGCAAAGUGUAAAGGAAGGAAAAAGCCCAAAUCGUACUUUACCAAUUUUAUCAACACAAUCCACCAUCAAUAAAUCUCCUCGCCGUGUUUCAGGCACCUCAAAUCCUGGUAAACCGCAAAAACGAGAAUCAAAAACACCAAUUAUCAUAGUGCCUGCAGGCACCACAGCUUUGAUCACAUUAAUUAACUGUAAAGAAUUUCUACAAGAUCAUAGGUAUAUUACUGCUGAUCAAAAAAAAAGAUUGGGCACAAUUAAAGAAAAUGAAGUUUUAAUUCAGAGAAAAAAAGAUAUUAUGAUUGGUGGACAAAUGCAGAGUGCCACUGUACCAUUUCGUGUUGUUGACCAGCCUUUAAAGCUUCAGCCAAAUGAAUGGAAUCGCGUAGCUGCUGUUUUUGUACAAGGACCAGCAUGGCAAUUUAAAGGAUGGCCUUGGUUGUUACCAGAUGGUUCUCCAACUGAUAUAUUUACAAAAGUAAAAGCAUUUUAUGUCAAAUAUGAUGAUAUGAAAGUAGAUCCAAAUGUAUCCAAAUGGGAUGUCCAAAUACUAACAAUAAAUCGAAAUAGACGACAUAUGGAUAGAGCAUGUGUUUUAAAAUUUUGGGAAUCACUUGAAAAAUUCCUUGCUAAAAGCAAGCCAAAUUUAAGAUUCUAGUUCAUCAUUAUAUUUAAUCAUAUGAUUGGAGAUUCCAAAAUGCUUGUUAUGAUUGAAUUGCAUCGAAUGUCACGUAAUAACGUAAUUUGCAAUAUAACAAAGUAUAGUUUGAUAUAAUUUUUCGAUUAAAAAGUUCAUAAAAACGGAAAAGUCAGAUGCUUUUGGCAACUAUAAAGUCAAGAUUUUAAAUUUAAUAUGAAUUUUAUUAUUUUUUCCUAAGGCAAAUGUUUUUCUAACAUCUCAAAAUAAACGUUUUAAUAAAACAUCGUUUUGCAUUGUAUUUGCUUUUUAAAGAUAUUAUGAUAAUUUGAUUAUUAUGUGUACUUUUAUGUGUGACAUAAAUGAUAGUUAUCAACCAAAUGGUUAUAGAAAUAAAGAAAACAAAUUUUUCUCAAAA